UAGUGCGACUGGGUUCUCUGGAAUGGAAGAGAUAGUGGUGCUCGCUAAAAAUACGCAAAAACAUAAAAAUCGAAUAGAAUUUUGUAAAUAAUUUAAAAUAAUCCAAAUAUUUAAGUGGACUAGUAAGCAGAAAGAUGAAUGACUUGGUAUUUUGAAGAUCCUUCUCCCAUAUAUAAGUGAUUUGUGCCUAAUAUAAAUAGCGUCGAUUGAAUUGGCAAGUUCGUCACUUUAACGCUUUCUACGGUUUUUUAUGUAGACGCUAAAAAAAGUAAAUAAAACAUUAUUUUUUGCCAAGUGCAGCAUUACUUCAUCGCUACAUACUUUUUAGCGCGUAAAUACUGUGCACUCUGCUCGUUUUUGUAUCUGAGACAUUAUCGACAAAAAUUUGUAACCAUUGAACACUUUUAUCAAUUACAAAAACGUGUUACGAACUCUGAGGUAAUGCUUGGUGGCAGUGCGGAUCGUUUAUGCACACCAAGCACAUCAGCUGGCCCAUUUCGAAUAUUUUCUGUUGCUGGGUUCCAAAAUAGAACCAACGAUAUAGUUUAUUGUCCACCAAUAAUAAGGCAAACUAAUCAAAAUGUGGACGAUUCUACAGCAGUUGUCUACUUUGGUGGGGAUGUACAGGAUUUCCCAGAAAGUAUGGAAACCAAUCGCGACAGUCGGGGUUACAUGAAAUACAAUUUAGAAAAUUCAGCCAUUCUAUUGCGUGAAGCAUUUCCACGUUCGCACAUUAUAGUAGUGAGACCUGUGAGAAUGGAAUUUAAGACAUUCAGCUGUUUUGAUAACUUUGUGCGAGGAAAUAAUGCUGGUGUGCCGGAUCACACUCCAAUGAAUCAUGCGCUGCAACAUUUGGAAAAGUUAUUACAAAACUUAUCUCAACGUCUGAUAUCAAUACCAGAAAAUGAAAUACUAGACCAAGCUGCACAGGCAGCAGCCGCCGUUGCAGCUGCUGCUGCCGCUGCUGCAUUAGUUUCAUCUACAUUAUCAAGUGCGUCUUCAGAUUCGUCUUCGUCUUCUUCAAAUGCUAGUGAUAGCAGUCAAGAGAUGGACAUAGACAUUUUACAGGUUCAAGAAAAUGUAACUGUUGACGCCGAUGGAGCCGUCAUAUUUCCAAAUUCCUCUGAUGUAAAUUCCCCAUCUACUAGUGGAACUAUCAAAUGUUCAGAUAAUGGCACGAAUGAGGCGACUCCAACAUCAAUUAACAAUCCUUGUGACCCUUCGUCGUCCGCGUCUACAUUAAAUCCAACUCAACAGAACAUCCCCCAAUCUGAGCAAAAUCAUGAAAAAACCCCUCACUACAACAACUUGAAUAACAGCAAUGAUUGUUUGUCACAACAUCGACAACAAGUAACUCCGACCCAAUUGUCGUCUUCGCAACAGCAUAACAAUCCCUUGUGGUGGCGUGAAAACCUGAAUCUAGACAAGUCAAAAUUAAUUUUGAUCGGCUUCAGCAAAGGCUGUGUCGUACUCAAUCAAUUCAUUUAUGAAUUCCAUUAUUUAAAAACCCUUACUCCGGACGAUAGUACAAUGGGACGUUUGCUUUCACGUAUCAAAGAUAUGUAUUGGUUGGAUGGUGGACAUGGCGGUCAAAAGAAUACAUGGAUAACAUCCCGAAGCUUACUAGAGACUUUAACUAGAAUGGCUAUAAACAUACACGUACAUUUAACUCCAUACCAAGUACAGGAUGACCGCCGACCUUGGAUUCGGAAAGAAGAAAAAAUAUUUACGGAUCUUCUCAGGCGUUUAGGUGCACAGAUAACGCGACAUUUGCACUAUGAUAGCCAAACAGCCAAUUUGAUGACCCAUUUCGAAGUUUUACAAGCGUUUUGCCAACACAUUCACAAUCAAAAUCAACAAAUACAGUCCGGGACCAUGCAACAGCAGGUUCAGGUGGCAACACAACCAAAUGUACAAAACAAUGAGCAACAGCAUCCUCUUCAACUUCAAAUACAGGCCAAUGAAGAAAAGUGACAUCGCCACCAUCAUCAUCACCACCACCACCGAAGGCGGUCUAAUCACUUUCAUCAUCACAAUUUCCACAACAAUCAUAGCAAGCUGUCACAUAAACACAAACAGUCAAAGAUGCAACAUCAUCAGCACGCUCAGCAGCAACAGAAUCACAUAUUGCAUUGCAUAGCAUCAGCAGCUGUGGCUGCUGCAACCUCAUCCACAAGUGGUUUGGCCGCAGCUGCUGCCGCUCUCGUCAUAAACAGUAGCACAGUUGCCGCCGCAGGUGCUGCUGGCUCAGCCACUCUUUCGGCUUCCUCAUCAUUAGCGACUAAUUCAAUUGUAAAUAUAAAUCAUACAAAUCAUUUAUUUAACUAUCAAUCUUACCAAUCAUCGUCGCAACGAUUUCGAUCCAAUUACAAUAUGCUCCUGAAUAACUCUCAGUCGCAACACUCCAAUCAAACACAAUCUGCAACCACAAAUAACGUAACAAACGUUUCCACAACUUUUUCACACAAUACCAAUUUUAACAAUAGUAAUCAUCACAAUCACCAUCAUCAUCAUCACCACCACCACAAUCACCAAUGUAAGUCGAAGCGUAAAUUACAAAAGUUGUAUUAUACUCUAUGUCGCUGAAUCUCUUGAGAUUUAAAACAGUUUUUGUCCAGGCCUUCAGCGAUUUCUCAUUGAAGAAAUGUAGAGAGUAGAAGGUAAAUUGUCUUUAAACUAUAUGUAAAAAAUAAGUAUGGUAAAAUAUUAUGAUUAUCUCUUCGUACAUUAUUCGUUUUUCUAUUUUCUACAAUUUUUAUCAAACCCCAAAUUACAAAUUAUAUUUCUUUUAUAAUUUUGCUCCAGUGCAAUAAAGUUAUAAGAUGUCCAUUUAUGUUCUUUCUGUAUUGUAUUGUGAUUUCGAAUGACUUCGAAAUAUUUAAACAUAACUUCCCAUUAUGACUGCAUUUGUUUCGCUCAGACGCAACAUUUUAUUUAAUUUAUUCUCAUACAAAUAUAGUCUAAUAAAAAGGUAUAAUUGAAAAUAAAUGAUUUUCAAAGUAAUAA